AUGGAGAUGUCCAAUCUCGCAUCAAAACUCAAGUCACUUAAGUUAGAGCUUGGUGAAGACCUGCUCGUGCACUUGGUUUUGAUCUCGCUUCCUGCACACUUUGGGCAAUUCAAAGUGAGCUAUAACACUCAGAAGGACAAAUGGCCCCUCAAUGAGCUUAUAUCUCACUGUGUGCAAGAGGAGGAGAGACUACAGAGAGAUAGGACUGAAAAUGCUCACUUGACUUCGACCUCUCGGAAUAAGAAAAGGAAGAAGACUAAGGGUGUUGCGGAAGGGACUUCUCAGCAAAAGAAGCAAAAUAAGGAUGAGGAAUUUACCUGUUACUUCUGCAAGAAGUCGGGACACAUGAAGAAAAAGUGUCCCAAGUAUGUCGCAUGGCGCGUGAAAAAAGAACAUGAGGAUGGUGUUGGUUUAACAAAGGAUGAUCCAAUCAACUUCUGUCAAGCUAUGCGCAGUUCUAACUCUCAAAAAUGGAUUGACGCCAUGAAAGAUGAGAUGAAGUCUAUGAAUGACAAUGAAGUUAAGGAUCUAGUCGAAUUGCCUGAAGGUGUGAAACCUAUUGGUUGUAAAUGGAUAUUUAAAACCAAGAAGGAUUCAAAGGGUAAUAUCGAGAGAUAUAAGGCUCGUCUAGUUGCUAAAGGCUUUACUCAGAAGGAAGGCAUUGACUAUAAAGAAACCUUUUCUCCAGUAUCUUCAAAGGAUUCUUUUAGAACUAUAAUGGCACUAGUAGCUCAUUUUGACUUAGAGCUACAUCAGAUGGAUGUCAAGACUGCGUUUCUAAAUGGUGACAUUGAAGAAACGAUUUAUAUGCUGCAACCAGAAAACUGUGUUAGGUGA